AUGGUUUGGGAAAUGCUAUUGUACUUCUACAUCCUCUAUUCUCCAGAUUGGCACUACAGGAGUACAAUGCCUACAUUUUUAUUCUUCUACGGAGCAGGGUUUGCCAUGAUCCAUGCAUUGAUGCGCUUUGGGAUCGGAUUCAAGGUGCACUAUGCAGUCUUGUGUCUCCUCUGCAUUCCCAGGAUGUACAAGUACUACAUCUACACGAAGGACUUGGAUGCAAAACGGCUCGCAAAGUGGUAUGUGGCCACCAUAUUCCUGGCGACACUGUGUUGGCUUUCGGAUCGGAUAUUCUGUGCUGAGGUUUCGCAGUGGCGGUUCAAUCCUCAAGGGCAUGCUGUGUGGCAUGCCUUGAUGGGCUUCAAUUCGUACUUUGCGAACACGUUCCUGAUGUUUUGCCGCGCAGAGCAAUUAGGGUGGAAUCCUAGAGUCGUCUAUGCCCUGGGGUGUCUCCCUUACGUGAAGGUUCAGAAGCCAAAAGCUCAAUGA